GCCUGGGAGCCCGCGGAGCCGAGCGCCGCGAGCGCGAGAACCCGGGCGGCGGUGGUGGUGGUGGCGGCGCACACUAUGGCUCUGGCCGGCGACCGCGAGGGCUACUGGGGUCCCACGACCUCCACGCUGGACUGGUGCAAGGAGAACUACGCCCUGACCUGGUAUAUCGCCGAGUUCUGGAAUACAGUGAGUAACCUGAUUAUGAUCAUACCUCCACUCUUUGGAGCAGUUCAGAGUGUUAGAGAUGGACUGGAAAAACGGUACAUUGCUUCUUACUUAGCACUCACAGUUGUAGGAUUGGGAUCCUGGUGCUUCCACAUGACUCUGAAAUAUGAAAUGCAGCUAUUGGAUGAACUCCCAAUGAUUUACAGCUGUUGUAUAUUUGUGUACUGCAUGUUUGAAUGUUUCAAGAUGAAGAAUUCUGUAAACUACCACCUACUUUUUACACUAGUUCUGUUCAGUUUAAUAGUAACCAUAGUUUACCUUAAAGUAAAAGAGCCUAUAUUCCAUCAGGUCAUGUAUGGAAUGUUGGUUUUCACAUUAGUACUACGAUCUAUUUAUAUUGUUACAUGGGUUUAUCCAUGGCUAAGAGGAUUGGGAUAUACAUCCUUGGGUAUAUUUUUAUUGGGAUUUUUGUUAUGGAACAUAGAUAACAUUUUUUGUGACUCACUGAGGAACUUUCGAAAGAGGAUGCCACCCAUUCUAAAUGUGUUCACACAGUUUCACGCAUGGUGGCACAUUUUAACUGGUCUUGGUUCUUACCUUCACAUCCUUUUCAGUUUAUAUACAAGAACACUUUACCUAAGAUACAGGCCAAAAGUGAAGUUUCUUCUUGGAAUCUGGCCAGUGAUCCAACUUGAGCCUCUCAGGAAGCACUGA